UUUUUUAGGGAAAAAAAGAAACUUAAAUAAUGUACUUGUGAGGUUGUGAGAGUUUCUUGGUUUCAAAAAUGGGUAAAGCAAAAAAAGCGAGAAAGUUUGCAGCUGUGAAACGACUUAUCAGUCCGAAAGAUGCGAGAAUAAAAGAGAAUCAGAAAAAAAAGGAAGCAGAGCAAAAGAAGAAGGAAGAAAACCAAGUUAGACACCUAGAACAAGUGUCGUCAGCCAUGUUUUUCCAGCAUAACAAUCAACUUGGACCUCCCUAUCGAGUGCUAAUUGAUACGAAUUUUAUAAAUUUCUCCAUCCAAAAUAAGCUCGAUAUAUUUCAAUCCAUGAUCGACUGUUUAUAUGCUAAAUGCAUACCAUACAUCACUGAUUGUGUGAUGGCAGAGAUAGAAAAACUUGGAUCACAUUACAGGGUGGCGUUAAGGAUAGCGAAAGAUGAACGUUUCGAGCGAUUACCUUGCAUGCACAAAGGCACUUAUGCCGAUGAUUGUCUUGUUAACAGAGUGAAGCAGCAUAGAUGUUACAUUGUUGCUACUUGCGAUAGAGAUUUAAAACGAAGAAUUCGAAAAGUUCCCGGUGUACCGAUUAUGUACUUAUCGAAACAUAGGUACAGUAUCGAAAGAAUGCCAGACGCUUUUGGUGCACCCCGGACAUGAUGAUAUAUUGUUGUUCCAGAUUUUAUCGUCAUUCUUUUUUCAAUAUUUUUUGUGAAAGAAGACAGUAGUUUGUAAAAUUAUUUAUUUUUUAAAAAUAUGCAUGUAUACUGUGUUUUUAAAGAAAAUUUUUGAUCGAAA